AGAGAGACCCCGUGGCACCGCGUAGUUGCAGCGCAGAUUCAGUUUGAACCUGAAGCGGAGUGACCUUCCCGGGGAGUUAGUGAGAGCGAUACAGACAGACUGGCAAGCACUCCCGCAGUUACACAGAACAGCCCACCGACAUGAAUAGCAGCCUGGCCGGAGAUGAAAUUGGGAAGCUCUUUGUGGGCGGCCUGGACUGGAGUACCACGCAGGAGACGCUGCGGAACUAUUUCUGUCAGUAUGGAGAGGUAGUGGAUUGCGUAAUUAUGAAAGAUAAGACCACAAAUCAGUCCAGAGGCUUUGGGUUCGUGAAGUUUAAUGACCCCAACUGCGUUCGGACAGUGCUGGAGACUAAACCCCAUUCCCUGGAUGGGAGAAAUAUUGACCCAAAGCCAUGUACGCCCAGGGGAACGCAGCCUGAAAAGACGCGGACUAAAGAAGGCUGGAAGGGCAACAAGAAUGACAGCAAUAAAUCAAAGAAAAUUUUUGUUGGUGGGAUCCCUCACAACUGUGGUGAACCCGAACUCAGGGAUUAUUUCAGUAGAUUCGGAGUGGUCACUGAAGUGGUCAUGAUCUAUGAUGCAGAGAAGCAGAGGCCCCGAGGUAAAAGCUGAUCCAGUUUAUUCUUUUCUUCCUUCAUCUCUUACUACAUUCUCAUGACAAACUAUUCUGACCCCAAUAGAGGCCAAUUACAGCAGCCAUUGACUUUAGUUAGCUUUCAGUAAAUUGAAUGAGUACUACUGAUGUCUUGUGACUAAACAAUUGAUAUUGUUUUUGGUUCUCAUUGUAUUAUAAAGAAUGUAUGGGCUCAUCUUUUCAAAGCUUAGGCUGCUUUUUCUAACUCCAUUUGUUUUGCUUGUAUGAAGAUGAAAAUUAAUGCAAAGUAGUUUACAUUCAAUCUUUUGAUAAACCGUGUUGACCUGUGGCUGUUCAUUUUAAUUUCGCUGAACUAAAUUACAAAGUAGAAAAUAGGGGUUCAUUCGUGUGUAAAAUUCAGUUUAAGAAGUAAGCAUAGGACAGUGGAAAUGCAUGUGGUAUUCUGGUUAAAUUUAGCUAUUUAUUUGUUGUUGACUACAUUUGUGUGUGGGGAAAACUAUAAUCAGACUUAAUUGCUAAAUGAGUAGAAUAACGUGAUACUAUUUUUACUUCUAAUUCUGUUGCUCCUGUCAAUGCUUGGAUUUAGGCUGUUUGGUGACUGGCUGAUCAAAUGAACCUUGGCUAGCUAAUAGCUGGAGCAAUCUUUUGAGUUCUUCCAAUAUUUAUAUAUUCUGUACAAUACAUGGACUGAUGUGCCUUAUUUCUGCUUUGAUAAGCCAAGAGGUUAUUGAGAUAAUCCCAAACAUUGUGGGCAGGCUGCUAUUUGUAUUUCUUCAGAUCCUGUUACUGUGCUUAGGAGCAUGCUGGGCCAAUGUGAAAGCUUUAGUCGACACUCAGUAGCUGUCCAGGUUCCUGUUUAUUAUUCACAGCCUGCAGGUAGCCCCUUUUGAAUGUAAUAUGUCAUUAUUA